AUGGCAGGUAGCGGCGGCCUGGGCGGCGGGGCAGGAGGCAGCCAGGGCGCCGGGGGCGGGCCUGGGGCCACGCUUCGGGCGCCCCGUGCGCCUCUGCUGUUCGCCGCUCUGGUGCUCGGAGCCUACUGCCUUUGCGCCCUCCCCGGACGCUGCCCGCCGGCCGGCCGCAUCCCCGCGCCAGCCCCCGCGCCCGCCGAGCCGCCCCGCGCAGCCCGCAGCCCAGGGACGUCCGGCCUGCCGGUGGCCAGUGGCUCGGGCCGCCGGCGCUUCCCGCAGGCGCUUAUCGUGGGCGUGAAGAAGGGCGGCACGCGCGCCCUACUGGAGUUUCUGCGGCUGCACCCCGACGUCCGCGCGCUCGGCUCGGAGCCCCACUUCUUCGACAGGUGCUACGAGCGCGGCCUCGCCUGGUACCGGAGCCUGAUGCCCCGCACCCUGGAUGGGCAGAUAACCAUGGAGAAGACCCCCAGCUAUUUCGUGACCCGGGAGGCCCCACGCCGCAUCCACGGCAUGUCCCCGGCCACGAAGCUGAUCGUGGUUGUGCGGAACCCUGUGACCCGGGCCAUCUCUGACUAUGCGCAGAUGCUCUCCAAGACACCGGGGCUGCCCAGCUUCGGCACCCUGGCCUUCCGCCGAGGCCUGGGCCCUGUGGACACGGCCUGGAGUGCCGUGCGCAUCGGCCUGUACGCCCAGCACCUGGACAACUGGCUGCGUUACUUCCCGCUGUCCCACUUCCUCUUUGUUAGUGGCGAGCGCCUGGUCAGCGACCCAGCUGGGGAGCUGGGCCAUGUGCAGGACUUCUUGGGUCUCAAGCGGGUCGUCACAGACAAGCACUUCUACUUCAACGCCACCAAGGGCUUCCCCUGCCUCAAGAAGGCCCAGGGUAGCGGCCGUCCCCGCUGCCUGGGCAAGUCCAAGGGCCGGCCCCACCCGCGUGUGCCCGAGGCCAUGGUCCAGCGCCUGCGGGCCUUCUACCGGCCCUUUAACCGCAAGUUCUACCAAAUGACUGGCCAGGACUUCGGCUGGGACUAAUGGGGCUGGGGAACCCACGCCCUGCCUGGGGACGCUCAGUGACCUUAAUUUAUACCUGUCACCCAGCCGGAGCGGACCCUGUACACAGGGCUGGGCAGAGAGAAAUAUUUACAAAAUAAAGUUUGGAUC